CAUGAUGGUGAACGUAGUACCGUGCUUGUUUAUUUUUUUCUUAAUCGCAGGGGUUUGGAGCACAGAAACAAACUUACAAUAUGCUGAUGAUUGCAGGACUCCGAGUGGCCAUCCUGGCAAAUGUGUUCCUACUCAAUCGUGUGCGAAUAUAAGAAAGAUCGCGGAGCGGAUCCAAAAGGGCGAGCAAGUUUCCAAAUUUAACUAUAAUUAUGUCCGGCGUUCCAUUUGUGGUAGAUAUGGAGAAAUGCAUUACGUGUGCUGCAACAAAUGGAAGGUCGAGUGCAAAUCCGAUGGCAUGGCACAAUUGAACAAUGCAGAUUGUGGGCGUUAUCAGGAAGCAUACAUAAUAAAUGGGCGAGAAGUGAGCCUAAUGACUAGACCGUGGAUGGCACUGCUGAAUUAUAAAAUUGGCAACCAAACAUUUUUCUCAUGUGGUGGAACACUUAUUUCGAAACGAUAUGUCCUCACGGCUGCCCACUGUAUACCCAAGGAAGAUGACAAUAAAGAGCUAGUGUCCGUGCGUUUGGGGGAACACAAUUUAUCGACUGAGAAGGAUUGCGAGGACGAUGACAAGCCGGAGAGUUGUGCCCCAGCAGUCCAAGAUAUCGAAAUUGAAAAGAUCAUAGUUCAUGAGGCGUAUAAAAAUAAAUAUAAUGACAUUGCUCUUCUUCGAUUGAAAGAGAAAGUAAACUUUGAUAGGCACAUCAAUGCAAUUUGCUUGCCAUCAUGCCGAACUGAAGGUCAAAACUUCGAAGCUACUUUAAAAUACAGUGUUACUGGCUGGGGUCUAACGGAGAACGGAACUAGAUCAGAUGUAGCUAACGAGGCAUCGAUUGAUUAUUAUAAUCGCUCUGUCUGCUCAAAUGCGUUCGCAAGAGAAAUUAAGCAAACACAGUUAUGUGUGGGUCAUCCCACGAAGGACUCAUGCAACGGCGAUUCCGGAGGUCCAUUAUCCGCCGUAACGUAUUUUAUGAACGACAUUCGUUUUGUGCAAUACGGUAUUGUGAGUUUCGGUUCCAAUGAAUGUGGUACCGGCAAGCCGGGAGUCUAUACGAAUGUUGCCAAAUAUAUGGCAUGGAUAACAUUCAAAUUGGAAAAGGAAUAAUAGUUUGCCAUUGAUAAUGAGAAAUAAAUAUUGAGCAUUAAAACAA